AUGUCAGAUUCAAGUUCACAAAGUACCGUUAUCAGCAACUCAGAAACAACUGUCUUAAUGCAAGAACAUUCUACUAAGGAAGAACCAAAGAAAGAGGAGAAUAAUGAAUCUGAAGUUUACCCUGGAAUCGGAGAUUAUUACCUGGUUAUGCGCCCAGAUAAUACAUGGCAUGCAGCCGAGAUUAUUCAAACACGGACGAAUGAAACUGCUGGCAGGCAUGAAUAUUAUGUACAUUAUGAAGGCUUCAACCGUCGAUUGGAUGAAUGGGUAAAUGUUGACCGAUUUGAUCUACAAACUAAACUUGAGGACCAGCAGAGUAAAGUGAAAGAUCUUUCCCUCACGCUGACUGACCUGAGCGAUGGAACUGACCGGAAAAUUACACGUAACCAGAAACGAAAACAUGAUGAAAUCAAUCAUGUUCAAAAAACUUAUGCUGAGAUGGAUCCAACAACUGCAGCCCUGGAAAAAGAACAUGAAGCGAUUACAAAAGUGAAAUACAUUGACAAAAUUCAAAUUGGCAAAUAUGAAAUUGAUGCCUGGUAUUUUUCCCCUUAUCCUGAGGAAUAUGGUAAACAACCCAAACUUUGGAUAUGUGAAUACUGUCUCAAAUAUAUGCGCCUGGAAAAGACAUAUCGCUACCACCAGAGCCAGUGCACAUGGCGAUACCCUCCAGGAAGAGAAAUCUAUCGGAAGGGAACAAUAUCAGUGUUUGAAGUGGAUGGAAAAGAUAGCAAGAUCUAUUGUCAGAACCUCUGCCUAUUAGCCAAAUUGUUCCUCGAUCACAAAACGUUAUAUUUUGAUGUCGAACCUUUUCUCUUCUAUAUCCUCACAGAAGUUGACCGACAAGGUUGCCAUUUGGUUGGUUACUUCUCAAAAGAAAAAGAAAGUCCAGAUGGAAAUAAUGUCGCUUGUAUUUUAACUUUGCCUCCAUUCCAGAGAAAAGGAUAUGGAAAAUUUCUCAUUGCCUUUAGUUAUGAAUUGUCCAAGCUCGAAAUAACAGUUGGAUCCCCAGAAAAGCCCUUAUCUGAUUUGGGGAAAUUGAGUUAUCGAAGCUAUUGGUCCUGGGUGCUUCUAGAAAACCUUCGAGAUUUUCGAGGAACUUUAUCAAUAAAAGAUCUCAGCCAAAUGACAAGUAUCACCCAGAAUGACAUUAUCAGCACGUUGCAGUCACUGAACAUGGUGAAGUACUGGAAAGGACAGCAUGUCAUCUGUGUCACGCCGAAACUUGUUGAUGAGCAUCUAAAAAGUGCUCAAUACCGUAAACCUGUUCUAAUGGUCGACCCCUCCUGCCUUCGAUGGGAACCUCCAAGGAAGAUGCUUAAGACCACUAAAAAAUUCAUCUAUCCAGUAAAUUUUGUGUAA